UGUUCUCCGACAAGUCCUCCACCCACAUCCAUUUUGUCGAUCAUUCAAAAUUAGGAUCGAUAAAAAAUUACUUUUAACUUGCAAGUUACUGUUUAGCCGGUUGUCCCUUCGGCUCUUCCUUUUUCGCUUGUCUUUUGCUCUGACACUACAACAGCUUUUCGGUAUGGUGCCGCUGUUUGACCGGGCAGUACCGUAGACUUCCCUUUUAUUAUUUAUUAAAAGCUGCCGAAGGACGCUAGCACGCAAAGCAUCAACUCUCCUGUGAAACAUUUUCUGCAUCUCCGUUAGAUUUUCUGUCGACCCAUUGGUACUGUCAAUGGGAAACAAUUGAAAAAUUGAUCUUCACUUGCAAUUGAAUGGUGGAACAGUUAUGGGAUGGGAGCUCAGAAGAGCAUCCACGCUGGCAAAGGUCAGUUCUUUCUAUUUAAUCCUAAUUAAAACUCAAAACCCAACUAUGUAUUUAUGCCUUGGUGUGUGGAAAAGUGUGGCAAACCAAUUAUGCAAGUGGUAAGGUUGCAAGUGAUUGGUUGGUGAUUUAUUUGUACAGCCAAUAUCGAUUUCAAUGCUUUGAUUUAACCCAAAAAUAUAUCUAUGGUAUAGUGAAUACACUAUACUAUAGCCGUAUCGGUAUUACAAUGGUAAUAAUAGUAUUCAUUCUUGAGCUAUUGAGUAUGAUGCUUUUAGUGAACCAUUGGUUUGGACAGCCAAGAUAGACUUCAAUGUCGAUUUAACACACAAGCUAUGUGCUGUUUUGAUGCUCCACUCUUUCAGGAACUCUGGUAGCCCAUUUUCACUAGUUAUUGGGACCCUUUGCAUCAAACACUCCAAUAUAUUUGGCAAAUGUGAAAAACUUGAUAUAUUGUGGGAUAAAGGACUUUAUGAUUCCAAUGUCUUGGUAGCUUACAAGAAGCCGAGGCCUGAAUGGCUUGGUCAACAGUCUGUUAUCAUUCAGCAUUCAAUUUCUCCUGAGAUUGGUAUCCAUGGCUUUCCCGUUGAGAACUUCUCCCGCUCAGAUAGCAGAGGUGUGAAUCUCUGUCGCUUAGCUGUAGGAUUAGAUUUGAGUGAGCCUAAAAGUUCCAACUGGAGCAGCAAAACCAGUUUGAAGUUUGAGGUCAGUGUCUUAUCAAAUUCACCAGGAACUACUCCGUCAUCUUCAUACAUUUUUUCGAUACAACUAUUUGCAUAUUUACUGUUACUAGUUGAGUGGAAAAAUUUAUUAUUAUUUGUCAAGCAGCAUGUCUGCCCAGUUAGUGAUGAAGGCCGCUCAAUAAGCAGAGAUCUUCAUGGGUUGCCAGUGACUUGCAGUGGUGGUUCUCAUGACAGUAGGGUAGUGUUGAAGCAGGAGUCUCGAUUUGCAAAGGUGAAUGAUCGUAGUUUCACCCGAUUUAGUCUGCAAAUAGAACAAGGGAUUCCUCUUCUAACUAAAUGGCUAGUCUUCAACCGGUUCAAGUUUGUUGCAUCAAAGUGGAUCAGACUUGGGCCAGCAUUUCUAUUGACAAGCCUUACAGGUGGUUCUGUUGUAGGGGACAUAGCUCCUUAUCAAGCAUUUGCCAUUGGGGGACUUGGCAGUGUGCGGGGUUACGGUGAGGGCGCAGUUGGAUCGGGUAGAUCUUGUCUUGUUGCUAACAGUGAAUUGACAUUACCUCUG